AUGAGCCGGGGGCAGCACACGCCGCGCGGGCGCCCCGCGGAGGUGGAGGACUCCAUCCAUUUCCUGCAGCACUACCUGCGGGGCGCCGCGCCCGCGAGCCGGCCGCGCCCGGCCUCGUCCCCGCCCCACGUGGAGGGCGCUGCGGCUGCCGGGGUGCUGCCGGCCUCCGUCGUCCCCGGCGAGUGGGGGACGCAGGGGUGGGCGCGGGGUGCAGCCUCCCCCGUCCGUGCGCCGCUGCGCCUGCAGUACGGCCCCACCGCGGCGGCCCCUGCUGGGCGGCCGCCGUUGCCGCACUACCACCAGCAGCAGCGGCAGCAACUGCGUCGGGACGGGACGACGGGUCUGAAGGGCGCGUCCACCGGCGCGUGGGAAGACGCUUCGCCACGCGCCACUGCUGCAACAACUGGUAGAGAGUGGACGCGUGGGACAAACAGCAUGCGCCCAACGUAUUCGCGGACCGCUGCGAGCUACUUGGGACGCGUUCAUGGCGAUUCGCCCAGCAGGUUGGACCUCGACAGGGCGGAGGCAUCGCUGUACUCCCGCCACCGCCCGCACCGCCGUCGUCGCGGAUCCUCGCACAAUGCGGGGUUGGUAGAGUACGGCACAUGCGACGACACUGACGAAGAAGAGACUGAGGACGAGGAUGAGGAGGGGGACUGGGAGGAGAAGAGGAGACGGAACCACAGACGUGGAGGCACAGCACCGCCGACAGAUCGCGACGCUGGCCCAAUCAGGGGGGGCGGCGCGAGGCAGCCUCGCACGGCAGGGAGUGAGCAUUCCCCUGAGCGUAGGUUGAAUGCGUCUGCUGCGGCGCCGAUGGGCUCUGGCCUGCGUCAGACGGCCACGUUGAAUGAGUUGUCGACGCCGUCAGGGAAGUGGCCUGGCGAGAGAGCGCGCCCACAGGACGUGUUUCCGUACCCAAGGCACGAGGACAACUUGCGAUCUGUGCUUUUCUACCUGAAGAACCACUACGCCCUCGAGCCUCAGGAGUCGCUUCGGGGCAUCGAGACGAUGACGCCGGAGGAUGUGCUGGAUCUUGUGCAGUGCUUCUACGUUGACGCCUACCGCACCGUGCGACAUGCGCGGGACGCGGCGGGCGUGGGUCGUGCCGGGUUUACCGAGCAGGAUCCCCCCAUGGACUGCGUGGCAGCCGCACCCAGCGACGCCGGGCUGCCAGCGGGAGCAGAAGAAGCCCCUGAAGAGGCGGCAGCGCCUGCGCCACCUCCGCACUCACUGCCGCCGCACAACAGCCUGACCCGGCCCGCCGUCUCCAGGCGAACGCCUCCGCAGCAGCUUUGGCGGCAAAAUGCCGCAGGGCCCAGCAGCAGCAGCGUCGGCGGGGGUGCCGCUCGAACGCCAUCCGGUCGUUCGCAUCCGCCAGAGCACUUCCAUGCGCCGCUGGAGCACGCGACGUCGGAGGGUGCCAACGCCAGUGUCCUCACCGAGGGCACGCAGCUCUCGGUGGAGCCCCCGCAGGAGCCUGGCAGCGGCAUCGUGAAGCGGCCACUGAGGGAACUCAUGCCGCUUCUGCGCCGGGGUUCGGCGCUCUGCAAGCACGUGGAGGAUGGACGCCCGCACAUGCGUUUCUUUCGCGUGGAGGACCACCUUGGGGAGUACCUCGGGGAGGAGGCGCUGAUGCCGCACUUGGUGUGGUACCUCACCGCGAAGGAGAAGAAGCCCGUCGCGGCGUUAAACCUGCUCAGCCUCCUCGGCGUGCACCUCCUCCUCGCGGACGCCAGCGGCCAGUUCCUCAAACUCUUCCGGCGCAAAAAAGGGAUCGUCGUCGACCACAGCCGACGUGCUGUCGCGAGCGGCAUGUGCGCUGUCUUUCGCUUCGAAAGCCGCGACGUGGCGGUGUCGUUCCUGACGGAGGAGGAUCGGCAGUUGUGGGUGGGCGGCAUGAUGGGCGUGGUGGAGAGGAACAGGCUGCUGGCCGCCCGCCCCUGCUAG